CUAUAACACUCUAAAAACCCUAACACUCUAAAAACCCUAACACUCAGCAAGUCAUCCUCGUCCAAAGCUCUCUUCUUACUAACACUCGCAUUCAACUUCACCAAAUAAUGGCCACCGCACAUUAACAAACCCUUCAAAUCUCUUCACUUUCAUCUUCCGGCUCUCUUUCUCUCUCCUCUGCUUUCUCCAUCUCCUUCAUUUCCAGCCGCCGCGCUGCCCGCCCCCUCGUCGUCUUCGUCUCUGCCGGCCUCGACGCAAAGCCCACGGUUCUCGUCGCCGAGAAGCUCGGCGAGGCGGGCCUCAACUUGCUCAAGGAGUUUGCUAACAUGGACUGCAGCUACAACCUCAGCCCUGAGGAGCUCUGCACUAAGAUCUCGCUCUGCAAUGCGCUAAUCGUCAGGAGUGGAACCAAGGUCACGCGCGAGGUGUUUCAGUCCUUCGCCGGCAGGCUCAAGGUCGUCGGAAGGGCCGGCGUCGGGAUCGACAAUGUGGAUCUGGCUGCCACCACCGAGCAUGGCUACCUGGUGGUUAAUGCCUCCACCGCCAACACCGUCGCCGCUGCUGAGCACGGGAUCGCGAUUCUCGCAACCAUGGCUAGGAACGUUGCUCAGGCUAACACGUCCGUCAAAGCUGGCUAUGGAAAAUGGGUUCCUUUAAGCAGUUUCCAGAUUCCACCUUUGAAUCAAGUUGGUUUGAUUGGAUACAAGAUUGAUUUUUCACUAGCAUUGUGGUAGUUCAUUGAUUUAUCAUUGCUUGAUUCUAUAAAGGAGAUGGUGCCAAUUGCUAAGGAGGUUCAAGCUUCAGCUAAGGAGGCAGCUGAAACAGUGGUUUUGGUCAUUGAUGAGGAAGGUGUGGAGUCACUCAUAUCAGAGCUUGAAAAAGGUGUUAACGAGCCAAAAUUGUUUUGGUUUUCACACAAGAACAAUUUUCUUGUUCUUCAAAUCACAAAUUGACUUUUUCUUUUAUUGUGGCUUUGUUGAUGUGUAUCUUGUAUUUUUUAAAUAAUAAAUUUUAUUUUUUUUGUUGACAAAUGUGAUGAAAGUUUAUGUAUGUUGGAUUGGUUAAUUUAAAAUUAUUUAAAAAAUUUUUCCAUCAUUUAAAUUAGUCAUUUAAACUAUGAUUUUAAAUUAUAUGUUAAUUUUGCAAUGUUUAAUUAGGAAGAUUCAUAAACAAGUAUAGUCAUAAGUAUUUUGAUCUAACUUAUAGUUAUAUUUUCAGCUAUUGGCAUGCUUUUUAAGCAUAGCCAUAUCUUCUCAUUAUCAUCAAUAGGCACACUUAUAAAGCGUAGCCAUAUUUUUUUUAUUGGCACGCUUAAAAAGUGUAGCUAUAUCUUCCCUCAUCGGCAUACUUUCAAAGUGUAUCCAAAACCACCCCAUUGGGCACACUUCCAAAAGCGUGGCGAUAUGUAAACCUAUCGGUACGCUUUUCAAGCGUAUCUAUAGGUUAAAACCUAUGGCGAUGCUUUUUAAGCGUGGCAAGAGAUGAAAGUGUGCCAACAAAAAAAAACAUGCCAUUAGAUUCAUAAAAGCGUGACGAUAGAGCAAUCGGCACGUUGGUGGAUGUCUCUUUCAAAAGCGUGCCGAUAGCUCAAAAAGCGUGGCAAAAAGCUAUUGGCACGCUAUUUUGCACUUUUUGGCACGCUUUUAAAGCAUGGCAGAAAGCUUAUUUUCUUGUAGUGUCACCCAGUUAUGUGUCUGUGGCAUUUAUGUAUCCAGUGGUAAUACUGGAAAACAAGAUGUUUAGGGUCACGACCAAGACUCAUAAGUAGCUGUGUUCAAGAAUCAACAUACUAAACAAGGAGAAUCAAUAACACUAUCUUAAUUCUGAGAUCCUAUAGAUGCCAAUCAUUCUGAAUUUCAAAGGAUAAAGUGAGAUGCCAAAACUGUUCAGAAGCAAAAAGCUACAAGUCCCGCUCAUCUAAUUAGAACUAAGCUUCAUUGAUAUUUUGGGAUUUAUUGUAUAUUCUCUUCUUUCUUUCCUAUUUUGUUUUUAGUUGCUUGGGGACAAGCAACAAUUUAAGUUUGGUGUUGUGAUGAGCGGAUAGAUUAUAAGCUUUUUGGCCUUCUUUUUAGGUAGUUUUUAGUAUGUUUUAGUUACUUUUUAAUAUAUUUUUAUUAGUUUUUAUGAAAAAAUCACAUUUUUGGAAUUUACUAGGAGUUUGUGUUUUUCUGUGAUUUCAGGUAUUUUCUGGCUGAAAUUGAGGGACUUAAGCAAAAAUCUGAUUCAGAGGCUGAGAAAGGACUGCAGAUGUUGUUGGAUUCUAACCUCCCUACACUCGAAGUGGAUUUUCUGGAGCUAAAGAAGCCCAAUUGGCGCGCUGUCAAUUGCGUUGGGAAGUAGACAUCUUGGGCUUUCCGGCAAUGUAUAAUAGUCCAUACUUUGCCCGAGAUUUGAUGAUCCAAACUAGUGUCCAAACGCCCACCAGAGACCCUUUUCUGGAGUAAAACGCCAGAACUAGCACCAAAGCUGGCGUUUAACUCCAAGGAUGGCCUAUGCAUGUGAAAGCUUCAAGGCUCAGCCUAAACACACACCAAGUGGGCUCCGGAAGUGGAUUUCUGUACUACCUACUCGUUUUCUGUAAACCUAGUUUACUAGUUUAGUAUAAAUAGCACUUUUUACUAUUGUAUUCGAAGUCUUUUUUGACCUUUUGGGAGUUCUUCGAACCCUUUUUGAAGGCUGGCCAUUUGGCAUGCCUAGACCAUUUUGUUCUUAUGUAUUUUCAAUGGUGAAGUUUCUACACCUCAUAGAUUAAGGUGAGGAACUCUGCUGUUCCUCAUGAAUUAAUGCAAGUACUAUUGUUUUUCCUUCAAUUC